GACAUUUAGCCGUAGUUCUCGUUUUUCAAAUAUGAAAUUGUACGCUUUUUUAAUGUAAAUGUUCGUUUAAAACAAUAAUUCCUAUUUGGUUUCUGUUCGUAAUCUAUAAAAUCUAUUUACAAAUAGCACAAAGAAUCUCUAAAGGAAUGAAAUGAAUGCUACUUGUGCGAUUGUGUCUGUGGUUACGAUCAUAGGUUCGGUGAUUUAUUCAGCGAAAUAAAUUGAGAACAAAUUGAAUAUUUGUAUUCGUCGCAAAAAAAGGAAUUUAUCGCCAUUUUAUUGGUGAUUUAGAGAUGAGUCCUGCGAAGGCUUCCACAUCCACCGAGACUAUGGUCACUUCCACCGAAUUAGUGAAACCAGCCUCCCAAACCGAAAGCAAUAAAAAAGAUGAGCCUGCCAAGAAGUCAGUUGACUUUAGUCCGAUAAAUGACGACCAGCCUAACAAAGGGAAAUUGUGCGAUGACAAGUUAAAACUUGAGCUGGCACCAGUUCAAGAAGAAGUACUCCUCGGGUCCGUGACAACUCUCAGCAGUCCGGCUCUACGCAGCAGUGCUCGUGUCAUACAGAAAAUGAAAAUGGACUCAAUUCGGCCCGUUUCACCGUCUCAAAAUGAUAAGAAAGAUUCUAGCAAAGACGAACGACCCACACAAAAGACACCAGUGCAAACGCGCCCAUUGCGUGUGAUAUGGACGAAUAUCGAACGAAAUUUAUUUUUCGAAGCACUGAACGAGUAUGGAAAAGACUUUGACGCCAUUUCCCACUAUGUUAAUGCUAAGCAACGUCGGAAAAGCACUACAGAUCCAACCUACAAGACGAAGGAUCAUGUUCGAUUUAUCUAUUAUCAGACCUUUCACAAAGUCAUCAAGUAUCUCCGCUUCUCUGAUGACAUUAAGAAGCACGCACAGGAACUGUAUGCAUUGAUCAACUAUGGUGAAAUGCGCAAGAAAUUGGUGUUUGUUAAUGCAAAGGCUUGUAUGAAACUAAAGGAACUGGUGUACCACGGUUCGGUCAGCAUUCGCGUGAAGGGAAAAAAUAUUCGCAUCAAGACACCGUCGUGCAAAGCACUUCGUCAAUUGAAUCAAAUGGAAGAAUGGCAGGAGGAGAUCAAACUUCCAUCGAAAGUCGACGUUUACCUGAAACCAGCCAACGUUGAUUCAUGGGGGCGUGUUCAAACGUUAGCGCAAAAUCCCCGAGUUAAGACAAUAUUGCCAUUACAAAAACGUGUGCUAAGUCUGCUGAAAACGUUCGAGGUGCGGUGGAGAAGCAGAGAUAUCCGUUUGUGCGAACAAACGAUGAGCCUUGCUGCAAAUCAGACGCCAACAAACAGCAAAAAUUCUUCAAAUGAGAUCAAACAUCACAUCGAUCCCGAUACAUUUCAAACAUUCAAAAAUUCCGAAUCAAUUUUCUGUCUAGCACCGCCAGUUGACACAACCAUUCAUCGACCAAUGGUUAAUUUGGCAGAGUUCAUGAGCAGUAACAGCAUUUGCCUGAAUUCAUACGAAGAUCGUAUCGGUGUUACGGUGAAAGGAGAAUCUCUCUGUACGGAACGGUUGAACGUGCUCAAGGAAAUUAUCAAAACGUCGAAACGCCAACGUCACGAUAGCGGCGCUGAGAAGAAAACGGUUGAAGGAAAGAAGAUCAAAACUGAGUCGGACUCGAAAAUCUCAGAUUCAUGUAGCGCAGAGAAAAAAGACGAUGCUGAUGGUCAGUGCUCGAGUCAACAGGAUGUCAGUGGUGGAAUAACUCCAACCGCCUCCACUUCGCAUGCAUUCGACAUCGAUGGAAUUAAGCACAUGGAGUCGGUAUUUGACGACACCGACAAAAAGGAGGCGUUCUCGAUGGACAUAUCAUUCACCAUAACAAACGAAACCAUGGACAAUAAAGAUGAAAUCAAAUUGAUUGACAUCAAAGAAUUCAUAACAGGCUCGGCCGAUGGCGACAACGUCGACGACACAAAAAUUGUGAUAACUGAAGCACCGCGAACAAGUGAACCGAAGUCUAGCAAAAAGAAAUGCACGAAAAAGAAAAACGACACACGCAAAGACCACUUUCGGCCACUGCUCAACGACGAUGUAAUCCGAGAAAUAAAGCGCGGCUGGACCAUAUCGAAUGUGGGUGAUCUGACUGUUGGCGAUUUAUACAUUAUGUUCGGCAAGGACUUUAAAGUGAGCCUGGAAUACAAGUGGAUCGAACCAAUUAAGACUGACUCGACUAUGGGUAAUGAAUCAAUAGCUUCCACAGACAUUGUUCUGGAACCAAUGAAUGUGCAGAAAAAGAAUGAUUUGGGAAAUAAACUGAAACAAUUGCUGGCGUUGGCUAAUAUGACUGAUAAAGUUAAGAAGAAAAGCAACUGCUCAUGCGGCCAUUUCUGUGAUAAUAGACUUAAUAAGUCUCGGAAUUCAACUGAAGUGUUUCCACGAAGUUUCGUAUCCAACAAAAUCUAUCCAUCAUCACAUAACGAUAACGGACUCUUUCGACAACCAGUUUUACCAUUGCGUGGAGGAUUGUCUCACAUUGAGGCAUACAAACUCAGUUUAAACUCUCGGAAUAAGCAAUCACGCUGGCUCAAAUCUCGUAACAAUCGGCCGUCAAAGCAAGUGAUUGUACAGCGCAUUCUUCCACUGCAACCGGGAAUGGCACAAAGUGUUGUUACAGCUGGUAUGGACUUUAUGACGAAUGGAAUCAUUCGACCAAAUGGUCUGACAUCAACCAUUUCGCGAGAAGCGAAUCAUUUGAAAAAAUCAUUUUCGAACAAUAACGUUGAUUCGCAUAAAAGCAAUAAAAGUACGGACGAUGUCGAUGCACCUACAACGUCGUCUGCAACGGUAACCACGUCCGACAAGUCCAUCGAAACUGCCAGUUCAUCGAAUUCGGUUAUCGAAAUAAUCGACGAAUCCCGAUCACCGGAACAACCGCAAAAACCAGCCGAAGUUGACGACGAUCCGUGCAUUCAAUCGAUUAUGGAUCUGUCAUUGCCGUCUCCUAUGUCCAACGGAAAUAUGGAUGAAUGUAAACAGGGUUCUUAUUUUGUAGCUGCAGUCGAUAAAUCGCUUGUUUUGACAGAUUUCUCGUACAACCAACCGCCAAUGAGUCCUAUGACAAUAUUGCGUCAAUCGCCAACCGAUCCGAAAUGGUUCGAAGAUAAUGUCAAUGAUUUUUCAUUGAGUAGCUUUUUGGGGCAAUUGGACUCUUCAUGCGAUGCAGAUAAGCGCAGAAAAUCGCCCAAUCGAGACGCUGAUAGCAGCAAUUUGUCGGCUAUAACCGAAGGUAGUGUGGAUUAUAUGAUGAAGUUUGAACAACUGGCAAAAGAGAUGAUACACCAGGAACAGACGCUUGAGAAGUGAGUUGAUUGAAUUGGGAAAUUCAUGGUGGGGAAACAAAUAACAACAAACGCAAACAAAACAGAAAAGCCAGUGUCGGUUUCAUAUUGUAAAAAUACCUAACUUUAUAUAUCAAAUUGAUGUACGCAUUCAAAAUAAAAGCAGAAAUAUUUUU